UAUUCCCUGAAUUCUGCAGGAUUUCGCCAAGCUACAAGCACCAGCACCACUUCAAUGCCGAUGAGACCAGAAGUGAUGGACUUGUUAGCUUCCAUCGGAUUACGACCAGACAACAACAGCAACGUGGAAGACGUUUAUAAGAAGAAUAAAGAUAUUUUAGAAUUAAACAAUAUUCGUAGUACAAGUUUGACACCUGUCACGACUGAUUCCAUGUCCAUCGUCGAUCAGAACGUUGGACCUCCUGGAUCUGAGAUAAAAAAAGGGGUGGAUAAUCUAAGUCGGGAUGUCCAAUUGCUGUUUAAGAAGUUCGGUCUGCAGACUUCGGAUUUGGAUAAAUCUACGAGUACCACUCAGAGAACGACAAUUAAUUUGAAUUCUUAUACGAAUUUCAAACCCCUACCGACUUCUAAUGUGAAGGACGAAGGAUUGAAAGAGUUCCUGGCGAGUUUCGGACUGAUCGGUGAUAACAGGAAACAGAAGUCUAUGAGACCGACGACUGAAAUGCCGUCUCUGAUCGAAGUAGUGCCAGAUAACAUGCGAGGAAUUCUAGAGAACAUCGGAUUAAUUUCUAGGAAGAGGAAGACUGUGGAAGAUGUGAAAUCCACGGAUUCGUCCAAGUUCCAUGUGUUCAAACCUCACGAAGCCAAAGUGCAAGACGAAGAACAGAAAAAUAAAAUCAAUGAACUAUUGGAUACUGUGAAAUUAAUGCAAGAAGGCAAGGCUGGUAUUCAGAACGUUAAACAAGCAGCCAGUGAUUUAUUACAGUCGACAAAAGUUUUGAAAGAAGGACCAGAUCCCGUGAAACUUGAAGAGAUUUUCAAGACGUACGAAGAGGAUACUCGAAACGAAGUUAAACGACAGGAGGAUGAAGAGAAGAGUGAAACGACUACUACAGGAGACGAGGGACAGACCACGACUACUGAACCGGCCGGCGAAACGACGUUAAGCCCGACAACGACAGAUUCCGCGAGAGCCGCGUCGGAUCAAUUAAAUUCUGGCGUCGACUCCUCCACGACUUCCUCCAAGAGCUCCUCCAAUCUGAUGGCUUUGGAAGAGUCCUUCGGUGGAACGACCAAGGCACCGGACACGUCGCUACCACCACGGAGGAAGAGCGGAUUGUACUUCCUGGUGGACUGGAACACGUUCCUCGAGGUCGGCGAGGAUGAAAAGGAGAAGAUAAAUCUGAGGUUCCAGCCGAAAGUCGGCGACCGAUCGAGAUUCCUACCGGUGACUGUCCCGUAGGAAUCGAACUUCCCGUCGCGAUAUUCAGAAUCAAAAGGAUUAUCAAUUCGAAUAAAAUAUGUACAUAGACGUAGAUUUAUUAUAUUGUUAAGGAUAAGUGAUGGGUUUACGAAAAUAGAUGCUUCGAUCGUUCCGAGGCGAGAUAAGACACCGGGGUAAUCGUUACGUCACUGGUUUGGUAACACGUUAUUUCUGCACGUUGUUUUUGUUUUUUUAUUAUAACGUUGACUUAAUAAAGCGUUUCCUGCGUGGAAAA